AUGCCAGUUGUUUUGUCUUUUCUUGAUUAUGCUUUAAAGUUGAAGCAUUGGCAUUCUCGAGACGCCAUAAAGAUGGAGACCGAUCCAGGACCAUACGUGUGGCAUGAGUUGCACCAUUCAUAUCUUCCAGGCAGUGUUCUAAAAGACACCUAUGAUUUUAUAACCACGAUGAUUCUAUUGCUAGUAAUACUACCACCAUGGUUCAACAGCAGUGGAUUGUCAGGCCUGGGCAUUACCAAUUUAAAGGAGGAAGUGACAAAGAGGCUGAAGUUAGAGGUUGGCACAUUCGAUAUCAAGUACUUGGACGAUGAUCAGGAGUGGGUUCCAAUUACCUGCGAUGCUGACUUGCAGGAAUGCAUUGAUAUUUCGAGAUCAUCAGGUAGCAAUAUAAUCAGACUGUUUGUUGAUGAUAUUAUGGUCAAUAUUGGGAGCUCCUGCGACAGUUCGGGUGAAUGA